AUGGCUUGCAGGACCCUGCCAUCCAGACGCCAGGAAGAGGAAACUACCAAAGACCUGGCUCUGAAAUUACCACCAGGGAAACCUGGAGGUCACCUGCCCAGCAUCAAUGAGACCCGCCCUCUCGGCCCAGGCCCAGCCGCCCGUCGUGGCUCCCUGCCCGGCCUCCACCCAUCCUUUUCACGCCGCAACUCCCUGGCAGGACCCUUAGUGGGUCUUGGAGGUCGACGACCAUCCCUGGGCCUGAUGUCCCCUCUAGGUUCACGAGUUAGUUUUUCUGGGCUGCCCCUGAUGCCUCCCCGUAGGGUGGCACCCACAUACCGCUUAGAACCAGCGCCCGGGGAACACUGGGAAGCUGCAAGUGCCCAGCAUGCCCUGGAGGCAGCACUGACCGCACAGCUGAGCGAUGCGUGCUACUCCGGUUCUGAGGCAGGGAAACUGGUGCAGGCGCUGUGUGAACAGAUUCACAUCCGUGUGAAGGAGCUCAACCUACCCCGCUACAAACUGGUGUGCAACGUGGUACUGGGGCCACGCGAGGGGCAGGGUGUGCAUGUGGUCAGCCGAGCACUCUGGGAUGCGGUGCAUGAUGGACUGGCCUCUGCCACCUUCACCAACACUUCUCUGUUUGCCGUGGCUACUGUCCACGCGGUCUACUGGGAAUGA